AUGCACACCCCUUCCAUUAUAAUAACUUCAAGCCUAAUCAUCAUUUUUUCCCUACUCACCUUCCCUGUUCUAACAGCACUUAGUCCUCUCCCUCAAAAAGAAAAUUGGGCCCUCACACAUGUAAAAACUGCAGUAAAACUGGCAUUUCUUGUUAGCCUUCUUCCCCUCUUCCUCUUCCUUAGCCAAGGGGCAGAAACAAUUAUCACAUCAUGAAACUGAAUAGACACCACAACCUUCGAUAUUAAUAUCAGUUUUAAAUUCGACCACUACUCCAUCAUUUUCACACCAAUUGCCCUAUAUGUAACAUGAUCAAUUCUAGAAUUUGCAUCCUGAUACAUGCACGCCGACCCAUAUAUAAACCGAUUCUUCAAAUACCUUUUAGUCUUCCUUAUCGCAAUAAUCGUCCUAGUAACAGCAAACAACUUAUUCCAACUCUUUAUUGGCUGAGAAGGUGUAGGAAUCAUGUCCUUCCUGCUCAUCGGAUGAUGAUACGGCCGAGCAGAUGCAAACACCGCAGCCCUACAAGCAGUUGUAUACAACCGAGUAGGAGACAUCGGACUAAUUUUCGCAAUAGCAUGAAUAGCAACUAACCUUAACUCCUGAGAAAUACAACAAAUAUUUAUCACUGCUAAAGACUUCGAUCUUACCUUCCCACUACUCGGACUAAUCGUAGCUGCUACAGGAAAAUCCGCCCAAUUCGGACUACACCCCUGACUCCCCUCUGCCAUAGAAGGACCUACACCAGUAUCCGCCCUACUCCACUCCAGCACUAUGGUAGUUGCAGGCAUCUUCCUCCUAGUACGUAUAAGCCCCUUCUUAGAAAACAAUCCUACCGCUCUCACCACCUGCCUAUGCCUCGGAGCCCUAACCACACUAUUCACAGCUACGUGCGCCUUAACCCAAAACGACAUCAAAAAAAUUGUUGCAUUCUCAACAUCAAGCCAACUAGGCCUAAUAAUAGUAACAAUUGGAUUAAACCAACCCCAACUGGCAUUCCUUCACAUCUGCACCCACGCUUUCUUCAAAGCAAUACUUUUCCUAUGUUCUGGCUCCAUUAUUCACAGCCUCAACGACGAACAAGACAUUCGAAAAAUAGGUGGUAUGCACCGUCUCACCCCCUUUACCUCUUCUUGCCUUACCAUUGGAAGCCUAGCCCUCACAGGCACUCCCUUCCUGGCAGGUUUCUUCUCCAAAGAUGCUAUCAUUGAAGCCCUCAACACCUCAUACCUAAACGCCUGAGCCCUUACCUUAACUCUCCUAGCCACCUCCUUCACAGCCAUUUAUAGUUUACGCAUUGUUUUCUUCGUCUCAAUAGGACAUCCCCGGUUUAAUGCACUCUCCCCCAUUAACGAAAACAACCCCGCAGUCAUUAACCCUAUCAAACGAUUAGCCUGAGGAAGCAUUGUAGCCGGCCUAUUAAUUACCUCCAACCUACUUCCACUAAAAACACCUAUCAUAUCUAUACCCCCUAUACUCAAACUAACCGCCUUAGCCGUAACUAUCCUAGGCUUACUAGUUGCCUUAGAACUCGCAUCCUUAACAAGCAAACAGUUUAAACCCACCCCUCACCUCCCCACUUUCCGCUUUUCCAAUAUACUUGGCUUUUUCCCAAUAAUCAUACACCGACUCCCUCCUAUAAUAAGCCUCGGAAUAGGCCAAUCCAUCGCCAACCAAAUGGUAGAUCAAACCUGAUUAGAAAAAUCAGGCCCUAAAGCCACAAUUAAACUUAACACCCCCCUCAUCACAACAACAAGCAACUCUCAACAAGGUCUAGUAAAGACCUACCUUAUCUUUUUUUUCAUCACCCUUAUAUUUACCACUCUAAUUUUCUUCAUUUAA